UUAAAACGGAUAUUCACACGAUCUUCACAGUCGCACACUAUCCAUUAAGCACUAUGCAGCCCAGUUGUGUGUUAGUGGUCAUCUUGGCCAGCGCAGCGCUUGUGGCCGCUCGCCCGGAGCCGCCGCGUGACACGUACAGCGCCCCGCCGUCGAGCAGCUAUCAGCCGAGCGGCCCCAGCGGCGGCUAUGGCGCACCCGCGCCACAGUAUGGUCCGCCACAGCAGCCGCCGGUGGUGCACAAGCAUGUCUAUGUCCAUGUGCCCCCACCAGAGCCAGAGUACCAGGCGCCCAGAAAACCUCUGUAUGUGCCGCCGCCGCAGAAGCAUUACAAGAUCGUGUUCAUCAAGGCGCCAUCGCCGCCGGCACCGACUGCCCCGAUCAUUCCACAGUUCCCGCAGAACGAGGAGAAGACCUUGGUCUAUGUGCUAGUCAAGAAGCCCGAGGAGCAGCCAGAUAUUGUUAUACCGACGCCGGCGCCCACGCAGCCCAGCAAGCCCGAGGUCUACUUCAUUCGCUACAAGACCCAGAAGGAGGAGACUGGUCCCUAUCCGAACAGCAUUGCCCCGCCCUCGGAAUAUGGUGCGCCCGCCGCACCGCCAGCCCCCUCGGCGCCCAGCAGCUCCUAUGGCGCACCCUCUCACUAGAUGCAGUUCAUCCUGCAACCAAUCCAAUCUCAUGGUUAUA